AUGGAAAAUCAAGGAUUAGAAACCUUUCGUAGGAACAAUCCACAUAAAUUUGAAGGAGGAUUUAAUCCUGAAGGUGCUCAAUCAUGGAUAGCAGAAAUUGAGAAAAUUUUCAUCGCAAUGACGUGUGCGGAUGCAAAUAGAGUCACAUUUGCUACAUUUAUGCUUGUGGAAGAAGUUGAAAAUUGGUGGAGAUUUACAAAACAACAAUUGGAGGAUGAAGGGAGACAAAUUACUUGGGAAGCCUUCAAAGAAAGGUUUCUUGAAAAAUAUUUUCCAGAGGAUCUUAGAAGGAGGAAAGAAGUUGAAUUCCUUAAUCUUCGUCAAAGAAUCAUGCUUAUAGGAGAAUAUAUAGCAAAGUUUGACGAGUUGUCAAAGUUUUGUCCUUACUUUCAUGAUAGAGUUGAUGAACGCUCCCGUUGUUCCAAGAUUUAUGCGGAUGAUACUAAAGCAAGGCAAACUCAGUGGAGGCAUGGAGGGUCUUUGAGGCACAAAAGAAAUGAUCUUAAUAAUAAGAAACCCUACCAAUGUCCAUCUUAUGCUUCGUGGAACUCUUCCGAACAAAAACAUUCCUAUCCUGCCAAUAAUUCAGGCAUAACUAAUCCUAUCAAAUGUUUCCACUGUGGAGGACCUCAUCUGUCAAGAAACUGCACCAUAAGGACUAUAACUUGCUUCAAUUGUGGGAAGUUGGGUCAUUAUCGUAAUGAAUGCAAAGAGUUAAUUAAGGAGCAAGGAAGUGGGGGAAGCAGCAACAAAGGAAAGAAUCAACUUGGAAGACCAAAGACAACCGGAAGAGUCUUCACAAUGAAUGGUACUGAAGUUGUUCAAUCUGAAGCUCUAAUCCAAGGAGAUUGCACGCAUGUUGAUAAACUACCUGAUGAGGACCAUUCUGUUCCACAAGAUUAUAAGCAUUUAGGUAAUAAAUUAAGCUUGUUGCCUGAGUUAAUUGCUUCUGUGAAAAAGGCUGUCAUAGAAGUUGUUGAAGAGGUGAAAGUUGCAGCUAAGGAUGACCCAGCCAAUUCUCAUAAUCAAAAUUUAGAUGCCAAGGAAAAAAAAUUAAAUGAAGUACAGUCAGCAGUAACGAUGGAGUGA